AUGUCCCUGGUAGGAGAUCGCACCGCAUGCCACAGCUCUGUUAUCCCUAAAGCCCCGAGCCUGGGACCCCCCGGGAUAGAGAAGCCUGGGGACCCCCGGGAUAGAGAAGCCUGGGACCCCCGGGGUAGAGAAGCCUGGGACCCCCGGGGUAGAGAAGCCUGGGACCCCCGGGAUAGAGAAGCCUGGGACCCCCGGGAUAGAGAGAGGGACCCCCGGGAUAGAGAAGCCUGGGACCCCCGGGAUAGAGAAGCCUGGGACCCCGGGAGAAGCCUGGACCCCCGGAUAGAGAAGCCUGGGACCCCCGGGGAUAGAGAGAGGGACCCCGGGAUAGAGAAGCCUGGGAACCCCCGGGAUAGAGAGAGGGACCCCCGGGAUAGAGAAGCCUGGGACCCCCGGGAUAGAGAAGCCUGGGACCCCCGGGGUAGAGAAGCCUGGGACCCCCGGGAUAGGAAGCCUGGGACCCCCGGGAUAGAGAGAGGGGACCCGCCGGAUAGAGAAGCCUGGGACCCCCGGGAUAGAGAAGCCUGGGACCCCCGGGAUAGAGAGAGGGACCCCCGGGAUAGAGAGAGGGACCCCCGGGAUAGAGAGAGGGACCCCCGGGAUAGAGAAGCCUGGGACCCCCGGGAUAGAGAAGCCUGGGACCCCCGGGAUAGAGAGCCUGGGACCCCCGGGGAUAGAGAAGCCUGGGACCCCCGGGAUAGAGAGAGGGACCCCCGGGAUAGAGAGAGGGACCCCCGGGAUAGAGAAGCUGGGACCCCCGGGAUAGAGAAGCCUGGGACCCCCGGGAUAGAGAAGCCUGGGACCCCCGGGAUAGAGAGAGGGACCCCCCGGGAUAGAGAAGCCUGGACCCCCGGGAUAGAGAAGCCUGGGACCCCCGGGAUAGAGAAGCCUGGGACCCCGGGAUAG